UAACUGAUUACGUCAAUGAGGCAAGAAACGGGUUAACAUUGUUAUUGAUAGUUCAUCAUUGUUAUCAGUUAUUAAAUUUUAUUCCACAUCUGAACAUUGUUUCGGAAACACAGCGAAAAUGGACGUACGCAUUGACGAUCAAAUAAGACAUUUAGAUGAGGAAAUCUUUGAAAAGGAGGAACAGGCUAAUAAAUUGGAAAGAUGUGCGGACCAGCUUGAUGAAAGAGCAAGAAAUCUCCGGCAAUUAGCGCACACACAGAGAGGCAAUGGCAUACUUUGGGGAUUUUUUUCUACAGCUGCUGGACUAGCUUUAACACCAUUUACAGGUGGUGCAUCUCUCGUUGUAGGACUUGCGUCAGCUGGAAUUGGUGCAAAAAUCAGUUAUGACUCAUCUGAAGAUUGUGAAAGAGCAUCGGAAAAAUUAAGGGAGAAUGCAAAGACAUUUCGACAUGAUGUAGCUGUGCUAUCGGGGAAAAGAGAUGAGCUUAAAUUAAAAAAGAAAAAUCUUAGUUCUUCUUUUUCUUUGUUUUAAACAAAUGAGAACAAAUAUCAUCAAGGCAAAUGCAACGUUCACAGGACGCAGCCUAUUGGAAUGUCAUGAUUCGUCUUCUAUCUUGAGGGUCUUAAAUAUAACUUUUAGUUUCUUACAUUGUUCUUCUUUCUUAAGAUUUAGCGACUGAUAUUUAUGUGUUUCCAAAUCUAACAGCAUUUAAAUGUUUUCGUUGAUAACUUCCAUUGCCAAUGUAUUAUGCAAACCUUUUUUUCAUGCAACAAGUUCUAUCAUAAUUGCACCGACACAGACUUUAUUUCCCUUUUUGAUGUCUAAUAUAUACAUUUGUUUUACAUAAUCGAAUAUUUCUCUCUAUUUCAAUUUACAUCUGAAACCACGUGGUAGAACUACUUUCUAUUACAGACUGGUCCCAUGCGCACUUCUAAACAUAUUUUCUUCCUCUUGUACCAUUUAAAACGAUUUACGUUUUGUUUUGUAUAUCUACAGAAAGAUGGAGGGAAAUCAGGGAACUGACAAAUAUAUUGAGGUACAGUUAGCCUAGAAGAAUAAAGUGCAUUUUUAUGUAAAAACAAUUGAAUAUUGCCUCUGUAUUUGUGUGUUUUGUUUGUUCGUUUUCUUUCGUUGUGUGAGUGGGUUUGUUGUCGUGUUAUUCUUGUUAUUUGACUUUCGUUUGAAAAGACAUUAUAAUUUCCAUACAACAGAAAAGUAAAGUAGAUAAAAAGUAUUUGUUCAAUUGUUAUUUUAUUAGUACAUUGUAUAACCUCUCAGUUGAUUGUGCAAACGUAUUUAUUCCGUGAAUCUAAAUAAAAACAACGCAAUUGAA